GCGGUUAGAAACGUGUCACAGAUGACAAGCAGGCUGACAACAACCACGCACGACCCGCAACAAGCAGGCACAAUAGACACCAGAACAAAAGCCGUGCUCUGCGCUUCAACUGAGUCAUGUUAAUGCGCGAGGACUAGUUUUUUGGCGGAGGGUUACACGGGGUUAAGGAAGGCAGCGCCUGGUGAGACCGAGGCGCUAGUGUGUGUGUUUUUGUGUUUUUUGGAGCCUCACAGGAGGAAGAGAAGCAGAGUGUGUUUGGAGUAGAGCGAGGCGGACUCACAUUGCGGAGAAAGAGAGAGAGGAGUGAAUGGGCUAGUUCCUCAGCAGCGCUGCGCCCUUCACUUUAUUCACAUUGAUCGAUUCGCUAAUUGAGACACUUCGACCCCCGCGCGGGUCAGUGAGGCUGGCCCGGCUCAGGAGCUCGGCGGAGCGGCGGAACCAGCGUGAUGGGACGUGAAUGAGGCAGCAGCCUGGAGCACAGAGCAGCUGCAGCAGCCCGGCGGAGGAAUAAACAAGGAAGCGCUGAGCUGAAGCUAACGGCUAAUAGCUGAAGCUAACGGCUAACUGUUGGCUAAUAUCGAUUCUAAUGAGCCAGCGAGGAGCAUGCGGGCUAGCAGGAAGAGCUGACUUGUUCGGGGAUGUCGGGCAGUAAGGCGCUGGGCGGAGGGGCUGGCAGCGGGGCAAGGCGCAGGCGGACCCGGUGCCGGCGCUGUCAGGCCUGCAUGAGGACGGAGUGUGGAGAGUGUCACUUCUGUAAGGACAUGAAGAAGUUUGGAGGGCCAGGGAGGAUGAAGCAGUCCUGCCUCCAGAGACAGUGCACGGCGCCCGUGUUGCCUCACACUGCGGUGUGUUUUGCGUGUGGAGAGGCAGGGAAGGAGGACACGGUGGACUCUGAAGAGGAGAAGUUCAGCCUCUGUCUGAUGGAGUGUACCAUCUGUAAUGAGAUCAUCCACCCCAGCUGCCUCAAGAUGGGAAAAGCUGAUGGAAUCAUCAACGAUGAGAUCCCAAACUGCUGGGAGUGUCCAAAGUGCCACAAGGAGGGUAAAACCAGUAAGGACCAGGCGGACGGAUCGGGGAAACGCAGGCUGGAUAAUGGGGAGGUAGGCCGUUGGAAGCUCACGGACGACCCUCCUCCUAAAAAGAAAGCCCCUCCCUCAUUGGAGGAGGCAGCCAGGGGGGAGGGGGGGCACAAGAGGAAGAAGGAAAAGGAGCAGCCUCUGGACAGCGGGCCGAAGAAGAAGGUUAAAGGCGCGCACGAGAAACGCCUCAAAAAGAAACCCAAACAGGAAGUGGGGGAGUCAAAUGGACCCACUUCUUCCUCUGGAGGAGCUGCUGGAGGUCAGCAGGGCUCCUCCUCCUCCUCUCAACCUGUAGGGGGCAGCGCAGGAUCAGCAGGAGCGCCAUCCAGUGCAGAACAGCGCUCCCAUCACAGAGAGAAACUGGAACGAUUUAAGAGGAUGUGUCUGCUGGAGCGCCGGCCCGAGUCGUCCUCCUCCUCUUCCUCCAGUUCCGAGUCCGACUCGGAGUCUGAUUCGGACGACUCAAUAAGGGGGGAGCAUGGGGGAGGGUCCUCUCCUUCAUCAUCCUCCCCAGCUCCGCCUCCUCCUGUCGUCUAUGGCAACAGCAGCGGGAGCCGGGUGGACAGAGAGCGGAGUCGCAGCGAGCGAGAGAGGGCACGGCGGCUGGCCGAGCUCGGAUUCAGCGCCAGCGAGGAGUCGGAGGGCGAGGGAGGCAGGGGGGAGGAGGACAGGGAGGAGGAGCAGGCUGGGGGAGCUGGGGACAAGCCCCGGAAACGUGGAGGAGGAGACGUUUCUUCACGAGGACGGAAAUCAGGUCUGAUGGACACAGAGGAGGAGGACGUGCCUACUUCAGAAAGGACCAGGAAGACCUCUACCUCCCUCCCUCCGCCCUCACCCCUUUCCUCCAAUCAGAUCCCUCCGUCCUCGCUACACGACGGCUUCACGGGGAAGCAGCGCAGCAACGGACAGGAGGCGCGCAACGGACGGACCCGGGGAGGGACAGGAGGCGGGGAGAAGGAGAACGCCAGUGGACUUCUGACCAAUCACAGACACGGUGGAGGGGGCGGGGUCAAAGGCAGCCGUGGCAACAAAGUCCGCAACAACAGCAAGAACCAGAAUCAGAGAAACAGCGUCUCCUCCUCCUCUACCCCCACCUCUAACGGGGGAGGGGUAGCCAGCAGCGGCCUCUUGAUGUCAGCCAUGGCGGCGUCCCCCUGCUCGCAGCCAUCCCGUCUGGCUCCGCGCUCUCAGAUGAUGAAACGCAGCCCGCCGGCUGUCCCCUCGCCUCCUCGGCCCGUCCAGAUGGAGAGGCACUUGGUGCGGCCCCCUCCUGCCUGCCCUGAGCCCAGCUGCCUCCUUCUGGACUGCGGCUCUGCCCACAUUAUGACCCGUGAUGUCUGGCUGCGAGUCUUUACCUACCUGAGUCAACGGGAGCUCUGUCUCUGCAUGAGGGUGUGUCGCACCUGGAGCCGCUGGUGCUGCGACAAGAGGCUGUGGACACAGAUCGACCUGAGCCGCCAGCGCUCCAUCACCCCGCCCAUGCUUAGUGGGAUCAUCCGCCGACUGCCCGUCUCCCUUAACCUGGGUUACACCAACAUCUCCAAGAAGCAGCUCAUGUGGCUCAUCAACCGUUUACCAGGUCUGCUGGAGCUCAACGUGUCUGGCUGCGUGUGGCCGGCGGUCUCGGCUCUCUGUCAGGCUGUCUGUCCCUGUCUGAAGCUGCUGGACCUCAGCAGAGUGGAAGACCUUAAAGAUUCACACCUGAGGGAGCUGCUGGCUCCCCCACCUGAAUCCCGGACAGCUCACAGCGAGAGCAGAGCAGGGCGUUUCCAGAAUGUGACAGAGCUGCGAUUGGCGGGUUUGGACCUGACGGACACGUCGUCCCGGCUUCUGGUGCGCCACACCCCCCACCUGACCCGUCUGGACCUGAACCACUGCGUGAACAUCACAGACCAGACGGUGCGGAACCUAACGGUCUCCCCCCUGAGGGAGAGCCUCACCCACAUCAACCUAGCAGGUUGUGUGAAGCUGACCGAGCAGUGCGUCCAGCUGUUACAAUGCUGCUCUGCCCUGCAAACGGUUGACCUCCGCUUCUGCUCCCUCCUCCCUGCUGAGUCUGGACAGCUGCUCUCCUUCCCCUUCCACUCCUCUUCCUCCACCAUCUCCUCUUGUACGACCUCUUCUUCCUCUGCCAGCACCACCACCAUCGCUGCUCUCUCCUCCUCCUCCGUUAUUCCUGAAGACAGAACUCUGCUGAAGAACAGCUAAGCCCUCUGGGUCGUUUGACACCUGAGUCCAGCCUCUGAGUCCCACCUCCGUCCUUAUUACACUACAAAGAGGUGAGGAAGAGGAGGAGCAGCUCUCCUCCUGCUGCAGAGGAGGAAGAGGAGGAUACCUUUUGGUGAUAGUGAAACAUAGCAACCCUGAGCAUGUACAUAUUUGUUCUCUGUACAUUUAUGGGUGUGUGUAUAUAUCUGUAGUUUACUGUAAAUGACCUUUCACCUCCCUGAACACUUUCCCUUCUCUCCUGUCCUUCCUCCCUUCGACCAAUCAUGGCGCCACAUUGGCCCACCUGUCAGCUGCUGUUGAAUGAUGAAAAGAAAGAUGUCGAUGUUCACCUGCUGCCAACCUCUCUCACACACACUGCAGCAUCACACACUCCUCACACUGACCUGACGUCAGUCUGCUCCGGUGGCAGUAAAGCUCUCACCCAGAACAUCAGAAAGCUCCAGAAUCCUGAGCUGCAUCCUAAAAUGUUCCAUCUGCAACUCCAGGACCUGUUCCUGCUCCCAGUAUUCCUCCCAUGUUCCCAUCGCAACAUCUGCAGAUGAGUCCAGAUUCAGGACAAGAAUCUGGAAGCGGCAAAAUGGGGAUUAUUAGUCAGGUCAGCAGGUUGUUUUCCUGAUCCUGACUCUGUCCUUCGUUCCAGGUUUCAGAUUUCGAUGUUUGACCUGAACACCUGAUUGCUGUGCUUCAGGUGUUUAUGUCCCCUGUGUGUGUGUGUGUGUGUGUGUGUGUGUGUGUGUGUGUGUGUGUGUGUGUGUGUGUGUGUGUGUUAAUCUGAACCUCAUCAGCCCUUCUUCUUUGCUUUGGUGUCCCAGACUCACUGAUCACGUGUUUUUCUCAGGAGUAUUUUUUGUUGACUUUUAUUUAUUCGGCGCCACAGCAGCACUUCCCGACCCGGCCUGAGUUGAGCCGAUCCUGUCGGAGUCCUCUCCUCUCCGUCCUAUGCGACACUUCCUGUCUCCGCUGCCAUGUUCUGGUCCGAUUCAGAUUUCUUCUGCGGCAUGUUUCAGGAGAAAGAGAACAGAGAAAGUCCACAGAGUGACUCAUCGGCUUUGUUUAGGGGAUCUCUGUUUCACAUAUCGCUGCUUAGCCAUGUGACUUUGGGUCAGUGUUCCAGACAGGUUCUUUGGAUAUUAAAGGAGAUCCAGAUCUGAUUUAUAAUCUGGAUUUAUUUUGUGAAAAUAUUGAAAUGUUUGUCACUUCAAACCUUUAUCUUGUUUAGAUCAUAUCAGAAUCUUGAUGUCUUUAUUUUACAUUUUUUCAGUUUUCAGUAUCUGGAAAAAAGAAAAAACUGCAUUUUAUUACGGCACCGAACGGACCCGGCCACCCACAUUGUGCUUGAUCUCUCAGUGGUUCUGGUCAGUAUUUCUCCAGGCUAAAAAACAACCUUGAACAUGAUUCUUGAAUCUGAACAGAUUAGUGAUCCAGACCUAAAACCAUUUUCAGAUUCUGGAUGGAUUCUUGGUUCUGAACUCCUUCCUACCUUUAAACAGACGAGUGUCUCUGUUUAAAGGUCUAUAAAUCUCAAUGAGACAUUUUCCACCUGGAUAAAUAAGCGACAUAUUGAAAAAUAAAAAUCAUUCAUUUUCUGAACAGAUUUGUUUCUCUGUUGAAACUGAAUGAAAAAGCAGAAAAACAUUCAGAAAGACCUUUAGAGAGGAACUGCUGAUCAGAACCACUUUAGAAGCUGGAUCUCAGGGCGGAGAACUGAAAGGACCUGGAUCUGCAUCAGGAAGCAUUUACCGGUCUUUAGAAACUCUGAUCCUGAAGCUGAUCUCUGGGUGUUGGAACCAGAGCUGCUGCCUUCACUCACAUUUAUGUACUUUACAAACAGAUCAGUUAAUGAUCUUGUCGGGUUUUGGUUCUGCUAGUUUUUAAUUGAGGUUCUCCUGGUUCAGUGGAACUCCCUAGUGGUUUUGGGUAGGACCAGUUUAUGUGUUGUUUUCUGGAGACCUGCCUUCAGCCAGGUUUUAGUCUUUAAUGCAGUUUAGAACCAGAACCUCCUUGUUUCUGAUAGCUUCAGGUGUUUGAAGAAGAUUCUGAUGCUUUUGAAACCUGAAACCUUCAAAGCAAAAGCUUCGGUUCUUCCUCUGCUCCUCCAACUUCAUGUUUUCAUCAGAACUUGUAUUCCCUCCAGGAAAAGUGGAAAUUACUGGACUUUACAAACAUAUUGGACUGAAGUAGAACUCCCAUCAUCUCAGGUUCUCCCUUUUUAUCCUGAGAUUUUAUCUGAUAUAUGUUCUGAUCCAGUAACUGUGCUCCUGUGGUUUAAUGAACCAGGAGCAGAUAUGUGUUUGCAAAGGUACUACAUGUUCUGACUCCACCUGUCCACCAGGUGGCAUCUUUGACUGCAGGUUCAGGUUCACUUUCUCUUCACUCAUUUGCCCGAUGCUGUUCUUCUGGGCUGAAACGGGCCUCCUGUGGUGCGUUCAGGGUCCGCUCAGGCUGUGGGAGCUUUGUGCUUCGUCUUGUUCGGCUGCCGGUCAGGUGAGGUAGCAGCACUGAAGGGUGGGGUUUGUCAGAUUUUAAUGUUUCAUGUUUAAAAACGAGUGCAAACAGCCGAACCUUAAUCCUGAGAGAAAAUGAAAACCGGCCUGGUGGUUCUGAUUCUGCUGCUUCUCUUUGUGAACAGAAACGUGCCGGCUGCUCGGCCCGGCUCUGCAGGGUUGUGAAUGAAUGUUGGUGCCGCCGCACUCGUUGUGCCAUAAACGCAGCAGCUCAGCUCACUUUUUAGAGCUGCGUUUUAAGUUGUUUUUACAAUGGUAGGGGGGGGGGGGCACUUUGUGGGCUUCACCUAGCAACAGGUGAGCAGAUCAAAGCUGAUUGGAUGAACGUAUCAGUUUUGGGUCUUGGUAUAAUCUCGAUGCACUGGAUCAACCCCAACGUUCCUAUUUCACAUUUUCUUGUUUAUUUCUUUGUGUUUUUAUAUUUUGUCCAUGACUCUUCCAAUGUGUUGAUGGAAAAUGAGGAAGAAGUUGGAAUAAACAGUGAAAACAGACAAAAACAAAAUACCAACUCAAGGCAGCUACGUAUGAAUGACUACUGUACAAUGACAAAUAAAGAAGCAAUCGGUUUGUUUUUACAUCA